GCGAGUCACGUCCCUGUGUUUACCGUUUUUCGAAAAUUAGGGCUUAAUAUAAAAACCUUAAACCCCACCUUUCCCUCUCUUUCGCAGAGAAAAACACCGUUUCAGUAAUGGCGAGAGAGCAAGACAUAGGUAGCUGGACCGAUCUCCUCCAUUCUUCCUCCAAGCUCCUCGAACAAGCUGCUCCGUCUGCUCAGUUCCCACCUCUCCAGAGGAACUUAGAUCAGUUGGAGGCGCUCUCGAAGAAGCUCAAAGCAAAAACCUUAAGAACUGAGGCUCCUUCUCAAUCUAUUGCUGCCACAAGGCUUCUUGCACGUGAAGGAUUGAAUGCUGAGCAGCUUGCGCGUGAUUUGAAGUCCUUUGAAUUGAAGACAACAUUUGAGGAUGUCUUUCCUGCCGAGGCAACAAGUGUUGAAGAGUAUCUGCAACAGGUUCAUGAAAUGGCAAUGGUGUCAGCCAUCCAAGAAGCUCAAAAGGAUAACGUUAGAAGUUUUAAUGAUUACAUGAUGAAGGUUCUGGAGGAAGAUUGGCAAAAGGAAAAACGAGACUUCCUUCAGAGCUUAAGCCGGAUCUCAAUGUUACCCAAGACUAACAUAAUUGACAAAAGUAGCGGCAGCACUCCCCCAGGUCGAAUGGUGCCCAUUGCUUCUAGUCCUCAGGUUUCUCCUGCCCUUAGCAUGGAACUUGUACCUUCAGCUAAUAAGCCGAUUGUGGAGAGAAAGAUGUCAGUCUAUGCUGAAGUAGUGAGGAAUAUGAACAAUGCAAGAGAGCGAGGUUUGCCAUUUAAACCUGCUACAGCCUUUAAGGUUGCUUAUGAGAGUUUGAGCAUUGAAACAUCUGGUGGAAAAUCAGUUAACUUGCAGAAAAUAUGGCACCUUAUUCAGACAUUAACCAGUGAAGAUUCUGCAACACAACCAAGUGUGUCAAGAAGGAUGUCAUUGAUAAUUGGUGCAAGGCACCACCUGGAAUGGGGACAUGAGAAAUAUAUCAUGGAUACAAUUAAAAGUCAUCCUGCACAAGCUGCACUUGGUGGAGCUGUUGGAAAUUUGCAGAGAGUUCAUGCCUUUCUUCGGAUACGUUUAAGGGAUUAUGGAGUCCUAGAUUUUGAUGCUGGUGAUGCACGUAGGCAGCCUCCAGUUGACACCACUUGGCAGCAGAUAUACUUUUGCUUGAGAACUGGCUAUUAUGAGGAAGCUAGAAAUGUUGCCUUAUCAUCCCGUGUUUCACACCAGUUUGCUCCCCUGCUUACAGAGUGGAUCAACAAUGGAGGUUUGGUGCCAGCAGAUAUUGCAGCUACUGCUGCGGAGGAAUGUGAAAAGAUGCUAAGAAUGGGUGAUCGGUUAGGUCGAGCAACAUACGACAAGAAGAAAUUACUACUUUAUGCAAUUGUGUCUGGUUCUCGCAGGCAAAUUGACCGCCUAUUGAGAGAUCUUCCAUCAUUGUUCAACACCAUAGAAGAUUUUUUGUGGUUCAAAUUGUCAGCUGUACGAGACACCCCUGGUGGGACCUCAUCUCUUGUUGCAAAUGAGGGCUUACUACCGUAUAGCUUGGAAGAUUUGCAGGUUUACCUUAACAAAUUUGAUCCAUCUUAUUACACAAAGAAUGGCAAGGACCCUCUGGUAUAUCCUUAUGUCUUGCUCUUAAGUAUCCAGUUGCUACCAGCUGUCUUAUACUUGUCUAAAGAAGCUGGAGAUGAAGGAUACAACAUUGAUGCUGCCCACAUAUCAAUUGUCCUAGCAGACCAUGGAGUCCUUUCUGAAGGUGCCAGAAGUGGGCAAAAAUUGGGAGUGAUGGAUGUUUAUGCAGAAGCAUCCAGCAUCAUCAGGCAGUAUGGCUCAAUGUAUUUACGUUUAGGAAAUCUCCAAACUGCACUGGAAUAUUAUGCACAAGCUGCUGCUGCAGUUGGUGGUGGACAUUUGUCAUGGAUUGGAAGAGGUAAUGUGGAUCAGCAGAGGCAGAGGACUCUGAUGCUGAAGCAGCUUCUUACUGAACUAUUGUUACGAGAUGGCGGGAUUUAUCUUCUACUUGGUUCAAAAGGUGCCGGAGGGGAAGGUGAAUUGGGGCGAUUUUUGCCUGAUGGCAAAGCAAGACAACAAUUCCUGCUUGAAGCUUCUCACCAGUGCCAGGAAGCUGCGCUGUAUGAUAAAUCAAUUGAAAUUCAGAAGAGAAUUGGAGCUUUCUCAAUGGCAUUGGAUACAAUAAACAAGUGCCUCUCUGAAGCAAUUUGUGCCCUGUGGCGUGGUAGAUUGGAUGGUGAAAGUCGUAUUGCUGGCCUUAUCCAUUCUGGCAAUGAAAUUUUGGAGACCUACAAAUAUUAUCCUGAAGUCAGUCUCCAAGAGAGGGAGCAUGUCCUGGAGCAACAAACUGUUUUGAGACAGCUGGAGGCAAUAUUGUCUAUCCACAAGUUGGCAACACUAGGCCACUACCUUGAUGCUCUAAAGGAGAUUGCUAAACUGCCAUUCCUUCCACUAGAUCCACGAGCACCAGAUACUGCUAUUAAUGUGUUUCAGAAUUUAUCUCCUCAUGUCCAGGCUUGUGUACCUGACCUUCUAAAGGUUGCUCUAACAUGUCUUGAAAAUGUCACUGACACUGAUGGAUCACUCCGUGCAAUGAGAGCAAAGAUCGCAGCCUUUCUUGCAAAUAAUUUGCAUCAGAACUGGCCUCGUGAUUUGUACGAGAAGGUGGCCAGAAACCUGUGAAACAAACCCUGUGACAGUUUUUGAGGUGCUGAGCUGCCCAAUAAAAUCUAACAAGAAAUAUUAUGGGUUGAGAUCCCUAACAUGUGGGAAACAAAGUGAGAAAAGAGGAGCAGAAAGAGGCUGACUUCUCUUCUGCCAUUGUCGACAUUUGGAAUUGCUGCAGUUAGUUCGUUGUAAUGAAACUUCCCGGACAAUUGUUUUACCAAUUUAAUGAGAUCUUGUUGGUGUAUCUUCUUAACUGUGGCAUCCUGAGACCUGAGUUUAUAUGUAAAUCUUUCACUUUUUUGUUAUCUGAUGCCAGGACAAGUGAAACUGCAAGUAGUUGUAGCAGUGAGCCGUUUUUACUUUUUACCCGCAUGCUGAUAUAUUCAAUUGCAGUUCAGAUUCAAGAAAGUGUCUUUUAGGAU